AUGAAACGGGACAACUCAGGAAACAACCAAGAUGGUCCUCCGUCGAAAUUCCAACGUUCUUCCGUUGAUUUAACAAAUGUUUCCAUCAGAUUUCUUAUUCCUGGGAGGGCUGCAGGGAUAAUGAUUGGGAAGGGUGGGGAAAAUAUCAAAAAAAUUCGAUCACAGUAUAACGUCAAGCUGAAUAUUCCCGACAGCAGAGGCCCUGAACGGAUAAUGACUAUCGAAGGUGACCUGCAGGCUAUCUGCAGCAUCAUGCGCGAUGUUUGUCCGAAACUGAAGGAUAUAAUGAAUGCCAAACUUUCCGAUCCUAAACGCAUAAUGGGUGCUCAAGGAUCUCGACGCCGCCCGAGACGAAGUGAAGAUCCAGAACGAGAUGAUGAGGAAGACGAAAACAUGAUUGACUUCAGAAUAUUAGUGCACGAAAGCCAAGCUGGGUCUGUAAUCGGUCGAGGCGGUGAACGUAUUAAGGACCUUCGUGAUAAAUACAAAAUGCGUGUUAUCAAGGUGUACCAGAUGUUGGCUCCGUUAUCUACUGACCGAGUUGUACAGAUGGUUGCUGACCCAGACAAUGUCGUCCAAUGUUUGAGAGCUGUAAUAGAAGCAGUAGAGUCUGCUCCUCCUCGUGGUCGCCGUGAGGAUUAUGACGCUGCCAACUUCAGUGAGGGUGAUGCUCUCAACUAUGGCGGUUGGUUGUCUCGAGAAGCUGCAGCAGCACUCGCUCAAGGGAUGCCUCUCCGUGGACCUGGGUGCAUGCCGCCGAUGGGUUAUAACAUGGGAGGUCCGUACAUGAUGGGUGGUGGAGACAUGGGGCCGAUGGGUGGCGGUAUGGGCCCUAUGGGAGGAGGGAUGGGACCAGGUGGAGGAAUGGGUCCUAUGGGCGGCGGACCGGUUCCCGGAGGUCGUGGUAGAGGACCUCGCUCCGGUGGCGGAAUGAUGAGUGGAAGCGCGCCUCUCGCUCAAGGCCAGCGAGGAAUGAUGGGCUCUUCAGGCCCAGCACCUGUCCCCCCUCCUGCCGGUCGUAACAACUCUAUGGGUCCUCCAGGUGGUUAUAGUAGUUCCGCAGACGGAGGCUACGGUGGUCAAGGUGGAUAUGACGGGUCAGGAGGAUUCGACAACGGAGUAUACGGAGGCAUUGACCAAACUGGACAGGGAGGAUUCAGCGGCCCUGGAUACGGUGGAUCAGGCAACAUGGCUUCUGGAGGUUACGGUGGGUCUGGGUAUGGUGGAAGCCAGCGUGGAUCGGCUGACAUGGCAGGUGGUCAAAGUGCUUCCCGUGGCGGCACCUAUGGUGGGUAUGGAAGUAUGGGAUCUGGAGAGCAUGUUGGAGGCAAAGCCAGCCAGUGGUAUGGCGGAUGGUCUUAA